UGCAGUGAUGAUGGAGGAAGGUGUUGGCGCCUCAGACACAAGGCAAUAUCCGAGAAUAUUGCCCCACAAAUAAUAUAUUUCGAAACAACAACAUGCCCCGUUUCCUCCUUCACUUCACUACUAUCAAUCUAUUCAGAAACAUUUCGGCCAGGAACAAGCAUAUCGGGUUGAUGCUUGACCAAUUCCGUCCAUUCUCGAAACAUGCAGCCGCCAAGGUGUUUAUUCGUGACAAGCAAUGGAAAGGGGUGAUUGCAGUCCCUGCAAACCCAUUUGACUGAUGAAAUUGUUCCCUUUCACUGUUUCCUUAUAGCCCAGCUUGAGUACCUUUUUUUGACCUUCUUGUCAAGAUCAUCCCUCUCAAGUCAUUCUUUUUCAGAACAUCCAGUCUUUACGAUAUCACAGCGCAAGCCCGCUAUUUAUUCUUUCUCCAGCACCUGCGUGGCCAGUUGCUUAUUUUAACACAAAAUAUCAUAUCAAGUUCUCAAAAGACAUUCAUAUCGAUCAAUAUGAUGCGCGUAUUCGCACUCUUCAACUCUGUCAGCCUUGCUUUGGCGGGAACCGUUUUGUUCGAUGGUCGCUUCAAUGACAUGACCUCAAGCUCCGAGUUGGAUGCCUGGUCUUUUAGCAAUCCAGUUGGACCUUACCAAUACUACAUUCAUGGUCCAGAUAAAGCCGCUUCUUACGUCAACCUCGACUCCACGUUCAAGAACCCUGCCGACACUGGUAGCUCUAAGGGAGUCAAGAUUAGCUUAACAGAGAACGCUUUCUGGAACGGCCAAAAUAUGAGGAGAACAGAGUUGAUGCCCCAGACCUCAGCAGCCAUCAAUGCCGGAAAGGUCUUCUACCACUUCAGCAUGUCCCGCGCUGCUACCAAUGCACCAAGCGAGUCUCACGAGCACCAGAUCGCUUUCUUCGAGAGUCAUUUCACUGAGAUGAAGAGCGGAUGGCAAUCUGGUGCCACUGGAACGACCGACCCUCUGCUCCGAUGGGUUGUCAGUGGCUCCACUGAGUGGAACGUCACCUGGGAGGCUGAUGUGUGGCACAACGUCGCAUAUGAAAUCGACUUCUCCGCCGGCUCUGUUGCCUUCUACCACUCAACUGGAGCCGACGAUCUUGUUCUUACUGUCCCAGCCGUCCCCGUGUCUGCCAAGUCGGAUGGAAAAGAUUGGCAUCUUGGGAUGCUUGAGUUGCCAAGAGAUGGAUUCCCUUUCGUCAACGAAGAUAUUUUCUUCAGCGGUGUUUACAUCGAGUCUGGAGAUAUCACUCUCAGCGUCGCUGGCCCAGGAGGAGCUUCAAGCCCAGUCGUUUCGUCCAGCGCCCCUUCGGCCCCAAUAGCUUCUUCGACAGCAGCAGCACCCGUUGUCGCCUCAUCUUCUGUCGCAGCUGUCCCCACCACUUCUUCAGCACCUGUUGUUGAGGCUAACCCUGUAGCCACAUCCGAAACCAUGGUAUCACCACCAACUACACCCAUUACUGAACCGAUUGUUACUCCAAUCGCAUCAAGCUCAGCAGUGGUUGCCCCAGAGCCAAGCACGACCUUCUCGAGUGCAGUUACUUCCGCUACGAGCGCUCCAAUCGAGGACGAUGGAGAGGGCUGCGAAUACUACGAGUAGAGUCUAUAAGUGCUUACAAAUGCUUUAAGUUUCCUUUCUGGAGACAUUCAAGUAUCUUCGGUAUUCUGAAAUGAAUACUUCGAGUACGGUCUGGAAUUCCGGAGAGUUGCUCUUUCUUUGUAUGAUAUAUUUACCUACAUAUUUUUCUACCCGUACUGAACCUGCGUUGUUCGGAAGCCACCUUGGUCUCAAUCAGUUCCCACUUCCUGAUCUAGUGAGAUUUCAUUCGGAUACAUGGAAUACAGUUAGGAUCAAGUGAACUGAGGGUCGAAGCAGAACAACUCCUGCAAGGAAUGUUGCUGGCUCUCGAUUAAGGUACCCCUGCGCUUGAUGGCUCUUCUGUGUUUGCUUUUGAAUCGGGGAGGACUUCCACACGUCUUAUUUCAUUUGUAAUUCUUCAAGCCUUGCUCAUUGAUAUCCUGGAGUGGACCGAAUCAGUUGCCAAGAUUUCCAUGACCUGAACACAAACAU